AUGGACUCAUUGGGUAUCGAUCAAAUUCAAAUCAACAAAGUACCAGCCGAUACUGAGUACUACGAUGUCAUGAACGGUAGUCAUCGUUGGGAAGUAAAGGUACACGAUCAUGGAAAAGUUGCAUUGGUUGAUUCUAUGCCAAGACUUGCACCAGUUGGUCAAACUGCUGAUUUCGCCAUCGUUCAAGCCGCUCGUGUAUCCUAUGGUGCCGGUACCAAGAAAGUAACUGAAGACAAAGGUCUUAUCCGUUAUCUCUAUAGACAUCAACAUACUUCACCAUUCGAGAUGAUUGAAUUCAAAUUCCAUUGUGUGAUGCCAGUUUUCAUUGCUAGACAAUGGAUUAGACAUAGAACAGCCAAUGUCAACGAGUACAGUGCCAGAUACUCGGUUAUGCCAGACAAGUUCUACCAUCCAUCGGCCGAAGACGUCAGAAAGCAAUCGACUUCCAAUCGUCAGGGUGGUGAGGAUGCCACCGACACCAAGACCGCACAGGAGUUCCUCGACUAUCUCGACCAGGUCGAAGCCAACUACAAGACCUACUCAGAGUUGCUCGACAAGGGUGUCUCUCGUGAGUUGGCACGUAUCGGUUUGCCAGUCUCUGUGUACACCGAGUGGUACUGGAAGAUCGACUUGCACAACCUCUUCCACUUCCUCCGUCUCAGAAUGGAUUCACACUCGCAAAAGGAGAUUCGUGACUAUGCCAACACCAUCUUUGCUCUGAUCAGACCGAUUGUACCGGUUGCCUGUGAGGCAUUCAUCGACUAUGCUUUCGAGUCGAUCAAACUCACACGUCUCGAGAUCGAAGCAAUCCGUUCCGGUAAGCCAUUGAACACCGCCAACAAACGUGAGACCGAAGAGUGGGAAGCCAAACGUAAACAACUAGGAUUACCAGAGCCAGUCAAAGUCGAACAAACACAACCAUCAUCAACUGAACAAGCAUAA